GCCCCUUACGGGAGCCGAGGCGUAGGUCCAGAAUCCGGAAGGAAAACAAUCCGGCAAGACUGAGAGGGCCGGGACUUGCUGUCUGCGCAGUGCCGAUCGGUCCCGGACCGGCUGGAGCGAGUGGCCGGGCCACCCGUGUAGGGACGAUGGCGACCGUGAACCCGUUAAAGCCAACCGAACCAAGAGCCAGGAAGCUCAGCAUACAUGUCGUGACAUGGAAUGUGGCCUCUGCAGCACCCCCUCUAGACCCCAAUGAUCUCCUUCAGCUGAACAACCAGAACCUGAAUCUGGACAUGUAUGUCAUUGGUUUGCAGGAAAUGGACUGUGGGAUCAUAAGCCUCCUUGCUGACACUGCCUUUGAAGACCCAUGGAGCAGUUUCUUCAUGGAUGUGCUUUCCCCUCUCAACUUCGUCAAGGUCUCCUCUGUCCGCAUGCAGGGGCUCCUCUUACUGGUCUUUGCCAAGUGUCAGCAUUUGCCCUUUAUCCAGAUCCUCUCUACUAAGUCCACCCCCACCGGCCUCUUCGGGUUCUGGGGGAACAAAGGGGGCGUCAACAUCUGCCUGAAGCUUUACGGUUAUUAUGUCAGCAUCGUCAACUGCCACCUGCCCCCACACAUGGCCAACAAUAACCAGCGGCUGGAGCACUUUGACCGAAUCCUGGAGAUGCAGAAUUUUGAAGGACUUGAUAUCCCCAACAUCCUGGACCAUGACCUCAUUGUCUGGUUUGGAGACAUGAACUUUCGGAUCGAGGACUUUGGGUUGCACUUUGUUCGGGAAUGCAUAAAAAGUCAGUGCUACAGUGACCUGUGGGAGAAGGAUCAGCUCCGCAUUGCCAAGAGGUGUGACCCGCUGCUCCGGGAGUUCCAGGAGGGCCCUCUGCUCUUCCCACCCACCUACAAGUUUGAUAAGAACUCCGACAACUAUGACACCAGUGAGAAAAAACGCAAGCCUGCGUGGACUGACCGUAUCCUGUGGAGGUUGAAGCGCCAGCUCUGCUCUGGCUCCUGCACCCCCAGCCUGCCAGCCCCCCACUUCUCACUGUGUCUGAGGAGCUACAUCAGCCACAUGAUGUACACCAUCAGUGACCAUAAGCCUGUCACCGGCACCUUUGACUUGGAGUUGAAGCCAUUGGUAUCUGUCCCACUGAUCACCCUGAUGCCAGAGGGCCUGUGGACCAUGGAGAACGACAUGCUGAUCAGCUAUACCUGGACCCCAGACUUCCCCAGCAGCCCCUGGGACUGGAUUGGACUGUACAAGGUUGGGCUUCGCCACGUUAAUGACUACGUGUCCUAUGUCUGGGUUGGGGACAACCAGGUCUCCUUCAGCAAUGGGCUGAACCAGGUUUAUAUCAACGUCAGCGAUAUCCCUGAGACUGAGGGUCAGUUUCUCCUCUGUUAUUACAGCAACAGUCUACGUUCCGUGGUGGGGAUGAGCAGUCCCUUUAAGAUCCAGCCUCGUGCCUUCCUGGAGGAGGACCUGCUGGGUGAAUCCCAGCUGUAAAUGUGAGCCUAAAUGAGGAGGAAUCCAGGGCAGAGGCCAGAGCUGGCAGCCAGCUCUGCUCGCCACUUCCAGGCCCGCUGGGGGCCCGGCCCAGCUCCCCGAGGAGGCAGCAAGUAUCCUUCACCUCCCAAGGGGAGUUCUAGCCACACUCCUUUGCUCUCUCCAGUCCAGACCCCUGGCAUUAGUCACUUAAAUACAGGGUUUUGUUGCUGAGAUGUGAGUAAAACCAGCUAGUUUGUCAACAGUGAAGACCUGGGCAUUGUCCACCAAAGGUGGGAAGGACACUCCAGCCUACAUCUCAUUUCUCGAUCCCCCACCCCCAGCCCCUGCCCCAGUCUCAGUCCUGCCCCAGCAGGCCUGCCGGCCUGCAUUCUCCUCAUCCCAUCAUAGGCCUCAGACUGCCCGGGAUGGGGAGAUGCUCACAUUUGUAUAGGCUCCACUGACUCGCUGGCACAGCAGCCCUGGGUUCCGGGAGUCUUGGCAUCUCAUCUCCUGUCCCCCUGAGGGAUGGGAAGAAGGUCUGGGAUCCUUGCUUUGAGCAGAGGCAGCAUGACUAAGUGGGCAGGUUGCGUGCCCUGCCUGCACCGGCCUGGGCCCUGGUUCCCUUCUGCUGGAUCGUGCCCUGAACCUGGCAUCUUGUGAAGGGUUGGCAGGUAUAGAGAAGCUGUGGCCACAGGCUUUUCUAGAGUAGUCUUUGCCCAGUUGAGCUCAUCUGCCCCUCCCCUUGCCUGCAGUCAUUGGCCAGGAGCCUGCCCUCUCUCUAGACCACUGUGGGAUCUAGAAGUGGGGGCCAAUGGAGAUGGCCAGAGUGAAGAUGUUUUAGAAAAUCUGGCCCUGGGAGUCUUCAGAGAGCAUUCUCCAGGUGCUAUGUGGACAUGGCUAUCCCUACUCCUACCACUUGCCUCCAGCCACUGGUGACUCAAUGGACCUUCUCCCAGGAAAAGACACCUCAGGGAACUACUCUGUGACUGUCACAGCUGUCCUAUAACAUGGAAAUGAGAAACAUUCUAGUUGUUCUGCAUCCCGUACUCCACCCUGGGAGCCAUGUGGGCUGUCAAGAACUGUCCCCCUGGCUCCAGGUGGGCCUUGGCUGUCUGUUUUCUCUGUUACAUGGGGGGGUAAUGAGAAACAUGGCUUUUACACUUGUG